UCUGAGCUCCAAACAAAAUCGAAAUGCGUACUACUUCCUAUCGAUGUUUCGCAUAUCUCGGAAAUAUUUCUGUAAUUUAAGUAAACUUUUCAAAAGUACCGGUAUUACUGUACUCCAACAAAAGUAAUUUAGAUUAUAUUAUUACCCAGUUUACAAUUGCUCAGGCCGUAGUGUUUAUCAAGAUAUACGGGCUCGGAUGAUGGCGCUCCUCGGGAAUGAAGGCUCGUCUUUAGGAGCACUUGUCCCGAUUAAAUCGAACAAAACUGUAGCCAUUGGUGGCCAAUCUGGUGUCGAAAACCCUCCAAAAAGAAAGAUUCUUCAUGAAGAUAAUUACAUUGAGAGCCUGGAAAAGAUUAUCCAGAGGGAUUUCUUCCCAGAUGUGGAGAAGCUACAGGCUCAGCGGGGCUAUUUAGAGGCUGAAGAGACUGGAGACCUGGAAAGGAUGAGGGAAAUAGCAAUAAAAUUUGGUUCAUCGCUGGGGAAAUCCUCUGCGCAUUCUUCUGCACCCUAUGUCACUCCAGCUACUUUUGAAACUCCUGAGGGUCGUCCAGGUUCUCCAUCCUCAAAAGCCAGACACGGAGCAAGAAUUACAGAAGGAGGGAAAGAAAAGGACCAGGAAGAGAAGGAGCUACCCUGUUUGGAUAGUUUCUUAGCUAAAAACACCAGUGAAGAUAAUGCUUCUUUUGAGCAGAUCAUGGAUCUGGCAGGAGUCAAAGAGAGAGCAAGACACGCCUGGCUCUAUGAAGCAGAGGCUGAGUUUAAACAGCGGCAUACACAGAAUUUGGCAUUGCCAUCAGCAGAAAAGCAGGCAAUUGAAUCAGGGAAGGCAGGUGUUGAAACGUGGGAGUACAAGGCAAAGAAUGCAUUAAUGUAUUACCCAGAUGGUGUUAAAGACGAUGAAAGCUUCAAGAAACCACGAGAGGUUCUUCACAAAAAUACACGGUUCCAAGGAGAUCCUUUUAGCAAAGCUCUGAGCAAAUCUCAGCUACAGCAAGCGGCAGCUCUCAAUGCACAGUUUAAGCAGGGUAAAGUUGGUCCAGAUGGCAAAGACCUUCUCGCACAAGACUCGCCCAAAGUGAAUGGGUAUGGCUUCCUAGGCACACCAUCCCCUGCACCUGGUGUGACUGAUUCUCCUUUAAUGACCUGGGGUGAAAUAGAAAGCACCCCAUUCCGUCUGGAUGCUUCUGACACACCUUAUGUAGAGAGGACACGUGGUCCAUCCUUUAAGAUUCCAGCACCUGGUAGAAGAGAGAGGCUGGGCCUGAAAAUGGCUAAUGAAGCAGCGGCUAAAAACAGAGCAAAUAAACAGGAAGCACUACGGAAGGUCACGGAAAACCUGGCCAGCCUUACACCAAAAGGUUUAAGCCCAGCCUUGUCACCAGCUUUGCAGAGGCUUGUGAACAGGACAGCCAGCAAAUACACAGAUAAAGCUUUGCGGGCCAGCUACACCCCGUCUCCUGCGCACAGUGGAACCUCAGGAUGUAAAACACCAGUAGGGCUGAGCACUCCAAGUGGCACCCCAACACCAAGCGGUACUGCACGGACUCCAGCCACACAGGACCCUGCUUCCAUUACUGAUAACCUGCUACAGCUACCCAAAAGGAGAAAAGCAGCUGAUUUCUUUUAGGCUCAAAUAAGACAGAUUGAUGGAGGUUUAUUGUGACUGUCGAUUUUCUCAUCCACUGAAACAUUCAAGGAAACAAGGUGGCUUCAGUACUUGGGGUGUUUCCAGUGUUACAGUCACUCACUGAGCAAUUCAGCAUCUUGCAUCUAGUCUCUUUAUUCAGUGUGCAUUGUGCAAGGCAAUGACAUGAACUGAAAACAAUUGGAUAAUUGCAACUAGCCACAGACACCCAUUUCAGUGCAAGUUUGUGUUUUGAACAGACAAUAAAACCUAUGAUGUCAUGUUUGAAAAAAAUAUUUUUCAUUGCUUUAUGCAUAAAGCCAUUCAAAACCAAAUUGCACUUGCUAUUACUGUAUUAACUGUUUUUUAUUUGAGUAAUAUACAACAGUACAGCAAAAUGUAUUGCUGUGUCAAUUGUUCAGAUUUGCAUUGCAGAAAUACAGCAGGAAUGCCCACAGUGUAAGAUCCCAAAGUAACAUGCCACAUCCACACCAUUCCUGUGCCAUUUAUACUGAGAUAUUGACAGGUGAAUUGAGCACACCUAUUUGUUACAGCCCUUGCUAUAAGUAAAACUAUAAAAAUGUUUUGUUUGCAGCUAUGUACUACCCUUCAAAAAAAAUGUAACUAAAGAAGCGGGUUCCCCUUUUCAUGUGUUUGUGUAAAUCAGACGAUUGUUCCACAAUGCUGCUUUCCAUUGUUACACUUUGAUAUUCAGGGA